GGAACUCACGUGUUCACUCCCAAACAGGCUCUCGAGAGGAGGGGUACAAACAAACGCUUCUUUAUCAACUUUCACAUCGUCAGAGAUCAUCGGAAGAGUGCAGUGAUGGCAGAGGCACAUCAGGCAGUGGCGUUCCAGUUCACCAUAACACCAGAGGGUAUCGAUCUGCAGCUGUCCUAUCAGGCUCUGAACCAGAUCUACCUGUCCGGAGUGCGAUCCUGGAAGAAGCGAGUCAGCCGGAUGAGGAACAGGGUGAUAAAGGGGGUGUACCCUGCCAGCCCUUCCUCCUGGCUCUUUGUGGCCAUAGGAAUCCUGGCCACUAUGUACAUGCAGUCGGAUCCAAGCAUGGGGCUCAUUGAUAAGAUUCAGCAGCACCUUCCACUAAGUCUCCACAUGUCACUCAGUGCCCAGGGUCAAACCAUGGUGUCGGCACUGGUCUUCAGCACCUUGCUGUGGCUCUCCCUGAUCCUCGCACUCAGAUUCUGCCUGAAACUGCUCCUCUCCUACCACCAGUGGAUGUUCGAGCAGCAUGGCAGAGUUUCCAACACCACCAAAGUCUGGGUGACUCUGGUGAGGCUAUUUUCCAGACAGAAACCUUUACUGUACAGCUAUCAAACAUCUCUUCCUCACUUGCCUGUUCCUGCCAUUAAAGACACUCUGAACAGGCACUUGGAGUCCGUGCGGCCUUUGCUGACUGAUCCACAGUUCAAACGGAUGGCUGACCUGGCAGCUGAGUUUGAGUUGAGCCUGGGGAACCGCCUCCAACGCUACCUGAAACUUAAAGCUCUCUGGGCCACUAACUAUGUAAGCGACUGGUGGGAAGAGUACAUCUAUUUGAGAGGCCGAGGUCCGAUAAUGGUCAACAGUAACUACUACGGCAUGGACUUUUUGUAUGUUACACCAACCUCAGUGCAGGCGGCCAGAGCUGGAAAUACCAUCACUGCCCUGCUGCUGUAUCGCCGUAAAGUAAACAGGGAGGAGCUCACGCCGAGUCGUGUUCCAGGUACUGUCAUACCUCUGUGUGCAGCUCAGUGUGAGAGGAUGUUUAACACAACCCGCACACCAGGAGCCGAGACAGAUGUGCUACAGCACUGGCAGGACAGCGAGUUUGUGGCUGUGUACCACAGGGGGCGUUAUUUCCGUUUGUGGGUUUACCAGGCAGGCCGGCUGCUCACUCCCAGAGAGAUCGAAUACCAGAUCCAGAGGAUCCUGGAUGACCCUUCACCUCCGUUUCCUGGAGAGGAAAAACUUGGAGCGCUAACUGCUGGAGACAGGAUUCCUUGGGCCCAAAUAAGGAAGCAGUACUUCAGCUGUGGCCUCAACAAGCGAUCGUUGGAUAUCAUUGAGAGGGCUGCAUUCUUUGUUACUUUGGAUGAUGAGGAGCAAGGCAUGAGGGGUGGCGAUCCUGCAGGAAACUUGGACCGCUAUGCCAAAUCCCUGCUCCAUGGGAAAUGUUAUGAUCGGUGGUUUGACAAGUCUUUUUCCAUUGUGAUCUACAAGAAUGGGAAGAACGGGCUGAAUGCUGAACAUUCCUGGGCAGAUGCACCAACAGUGGCUCACUUGUGGGAGUACACUUUAGCAACAGAUGCCUUCCAGCUGGGCUACACUGAGGAUGGUCACUGCAAGGGUGAGGUAGAGAGCUCACUGCUUCCCCCUCAGAGACUUGUGUGGGACAUUCCAUCAGAGGUCCAGGCCCAGGUCUGCAGCUCCCUUGCUGUCGCCCAGGCACUUGCUGAUGACGUGGACUGCCACGUUUUCCCCUUCAGAGACUUCGGGAAGGGGCGGAUUAAGAAGUGUCGAAUCAGCCCAGACGCAUUCAUCCAGAUCAGCUUGCAGCUGGCGUACUACAGGGAUCGUGGCGGUUUCUGUCUGACUUAUGAGGCAUCAAUGACCCGUCUGUUUCGGGAGGGCCGAACUGAGACUGUGAGGUCCUGCUCCAGCGAGAGCUCCGCCUUCGUCAAGGCCCUAGAGGACGGAGAGACAGAGGAGCAGUGCAGGCGCCUCUUCCGACUGGCCUCGGAGAAGCACCAGAACCUUUAUCGAAUGGCCAUGACCGGAGCUGGAAUAGACCGACACCUCUUCUGUCUCUAUGUUCUGUCUGAGCCAUGGCGCCUCUCCACCAGUCAGACCCCAGUUCAGCAGAUGGAGCUGUUUGAUUUGAAGAACAAUCCAGAGUUCAUAUCACUCGGUGGUGGCUUUGGACCUGUGGCGGAUGACGGUUAUGGAGUUUCGUACAUCAUUGUGGGCGAAGAUAUGAUUAACUUCCAUGUGUCCUCCAAAUACUCCUGCAGUGAGACUGACUCUCACAGAUUCGGAGCUCAGAUAACUAAAGCUCUUCAAGACAUUAUGACUCUCCUCUCAGCUGACACCAAACGCUCUUCCUCCUCCAAAAGCGUUGCGCAGCCGCAGGCCAAGAAGCUCCUCUGAUGAGAGCCAGAUCAAAUCACAACACAGUCCAGACCUCUGUUUCACACUGUCAGUAACACUUACACUUAUAACUUUUAGUAAGUCAAAAACACAAAAUGUCCUUUUUAACCCUGCUUGCUGAAUGGGGAAUUUUUUAACAAAUAUCAGGCAAAGGUCACUUCCUUAGAGGCACAGGAAGGGGCCAAUCAAGCAGGAUUAACAGCUCACUGACAGAGUUUAAAUAUAUUAAAUGCUUUAUCUUGUUGUUUCAGAGUUCUCAUAGAGGAUUGCACAGCCUGAACUAGAAGAUAGGUUGUUAUUACAGUGUUUGUAUUCUGGGAGAAUGUUUAAGUAAACGGCAUAAACUCCAGUGAAAAGUAAACCUGACCUGUUAAAGCUGCUUUUCAAAUACAUAAUUUGAUUUAAGUUAAGAAUUUCAGCUCUUAGUUUUCCUCCAAACCUCAACAUAAAUCACAGCAGUGUUUCCCAACCCUAGUCCUCAAGCCACACUGCCCUUUUAUGUUUUUCAUGUUUCCCUGCUCCAGCGUACCUGGUUCUAAUGAAUGGGACUUUAGCAGCUUUCUGCAUAGCUGAAAGGUAAAGGGAGACUUGGAAAACAUGGAGGGCAGUGUGCCUUUAGGACCAGGGUUGUGAAACACCGAAGUUGAGGAAAUUCCACCUGGGUGGAGAGCUGUCAAAAAAUUGCUCAGUCAGCAAUUUAGCAAGAACCUUCUGUAGCAGUGCUAAAAUCAGAGAAGAGCAGGCUGAACAAAAAGGGACAGAGAAAUAUGGAGAUUAGUCCUAAAACAUGAGUUUGUCGGUUUUAAAGCUGUAUGGUGGGAAAUAAGAAAAGGGAAAGGGAAGAAAUUGUUCAACUUUCUUUUUUGUAUGUCUUUAUCAGCAUGUUGAAUAGAUAAAUAUGCUGUUAGUAUGUUAGUUGAUUGUCCGACUGUGCUUUAGUUUUCCUUAUAUUGGAAAAACACAGGCAGAAGUGUCGGAUGUGCUCUAAAUGGGAUUUUGUGGUAUGUAGCUGUAUUAUCAUCUAAUUUAUUAUUAUUAAUUCUAAGCUUGUCAUUUUUUAAGAUUUUUUAGAAGGGCGUGCCAAAAAUCACAGGCUCUGGUUUUGGGGGCUUUUUUUGUGUAAAUUUCUUUUUUUCUUUUUUUUUUUUUACAAAAUUAGUGUAUAUUAAUGCAGCCAAAUUCCCAAUAAAUCCUCUCUCAUUCAAACCUUUUUUUGUUUUGUUUUUUAAUUAUUUUUAAAGCAUUUCCGAACUUGCAUUGCUCUAAUAACAGUCAUCUUUUAUAAGUAAAGCAUCAUCCUGCACGAUCACCAUCAAAGUAGAUAAGACAACAUCAGUGAACUUGGCUGCCUUGACAUACUAUCAUUUUUUUAAAAAACAAAGUCCUGUUGCCUUCUUUUUUAAGCCCUUAGCAUUAGUACGACUUCGAUGGCAUUUAAGCUACAGAGAUGUUUCUGACCUGAAUUCAAGUAUUUAUUAAGCUGAACAAAAUCAUUGCAAAAGUUUUAUUCAAUGCAUUCCCUUUGGGAAACCUCCUGGCAGAUGGUCUGUUGCCGAUCUGUUUUCUUUGUGUGUUUUAAUAAAGUUGGUCGGUUAGCUCUUUUUUGUGUUGGUAGCGACGUUAUGGUAGAGCUAAAGAUGUGAGUGACUCAGAUGGUGCUCUUAGACCCCUGUGAAAUCUGCUUCUGUCUCAGGUUACACAUUUUCAUAGUUUCAUAAUGUCAGACUGGCAGAGUGGUCUCUGGUUUCAUUUACAGGCUCUGACCACACAGCCACAGCCCUUCUGUUGCUUUCUAAAGGAUCUAGAAACAUAUUUUAAAGCUGCCACUCUUCUCUUUCCUACUUUUACAAAAGGUUCUCCAUUUAUUACUGUGUAACUACCUUGUUAUAUCAUUGUAAUAGUCUAUGGUGUGUUCUUUAAAAUGUUUGCUCAUAAUUCUUUAAUAGACUAAGUGUGAUCACACAGCUGAGACUGUGAAAUACUACUUGAGACUUAAUAAAAACAUACACUUUAUAUUGCCUUCUUUUCAGGAUGUGACAAGAGUAUUUUUGUCUCCUAUAAGGGGCAACUAGAGUGUUUGGUUUUUAGGAUGAGGCCUUUCAUAGAAUACUGCUGCAUGUCAAAUAAUUGCAGUUUCAAUCAGAGCCUUACUCAAAUGAAUAUCUUCAACAGGCCUAGAGGAGAUUAAACCAGCCGUGUGCCUCUGCCUCACUGUGUAAUGUAUGUAUUGUGAGUGUUCGUAUAAUAAAUGCUUUUACUUUGCUUUUUAUAUUUUUUUCAUUUGACACAUGUGGAAUAUAAUCUGUUUGACAAUGAGACUCAAUGUUGUAGACUCAAUGUCUAAGAGAUGCUAAAUUGACAGUGGUUUAAUACGUCAGUUUUUAUUUGAAACAUUUGAAUGUCAGUGGAGGACGUUGUGAAGGUUUUUUGCAAACAUGUUGGUAUGUUAUGCAGAAUAAAAUGUUUACUUACAACACAGUGCUUCUUGUCCUUCUAUCUUUUCUUUUUAUUAUUGACUUGUCUGCUAAAGGAAGUGUUACCAUACAUUCCAUGAACAUGUCACA